CUGAUGGAAGCAUGGUCGUUUGGAAGAAAAAAAAAAAUGGAGGAUAGAGCGUGAGCUUCACGCGUUCAGUGGAAUUAUCAGUUUCGUAACUUCGAAGAUUUUUUUUUUUUUUUUUGAAUUUUUUAAUUUUUUAAUUUUUAAACUGAAGCUCUCGAUCGAAUUCGCUCCUCAUCGCUCAUUUUCUUUUUUCCGAUAGAUUUCUCCGUCCAUGUUCCGCCUUGCUCCGUCAUCCCUGGCCGGAUUGCAAAACCCAGUAUCUGCUUCUUUGUUUAGCUGAUCGAAAUGAGUGGUGGAGAUGAUGAUGGGCCUUUAGAUUAUGCCACCAUUCAGAUCAUACCUUCUCAGAACAGAUAUGAGGCAUUUGCUUGCUGUGGCAAUAAGGUAGAUGCUCUGGCUGAUGGGAUUCUGGAUACCCUUUUGCCACAUUUACCGGAACUACAAGAGCUGAAUGCCAAAGAAUCUAAAGCGAGCAUUAAACUCCAAUCACCAGCUUCUUCAGCUGGUUCAGCAUGGUUCACAAAAUCUACUCUAACCAGGUUCCUCCAUCUAGUUGGCUCGCCAGAGUUAACGAAAAUCACGAAAACGAUGAACGAGAUGGCUCAACUAGAAGAAACCAGGAGAUUUCAUGUUUCUUUAUAUGGUCAGAAUUGGUUUGUUCAACUGUGAACUAUGCAAACAUGAAUGCCAGAAACGAAUUGUUGCGAGCUAUGGAAUUGAGGCUUACAGCAUUGAAUAAGGACUUCACUGCAUCAUUUGAAAAGGGUUGCAAUGCAACCUGCAGUUCUAAGGAAAUCAGUCAUUUAGUGAAGUUUAUGGAACAUUUCGGAGCUACAAAUUGGAAAAAUUGUGCAUACAAAUAUUUGGAACUAAAUCCAAAGAGUGAUAGUAUCCAUCCUGUUGAUGACAACGACGAUGAUGAUUCGUUAACUCAAGUGAAUUAUGGUGUUUCACCUGCCAAAGUUGCACAGGUUGAGCGACAGGAUUCAUCAGAAAGUGAGGAGUCUGAUGAAAAUGGGACACUGGUAGAAAGAAGUAGAACAAUGGCACGGUCAGCACCUCCGAGAAGGUCAGCAUCACCCAUGAGAAGGGUUCAGAUAGGAAGAACGGGAUCCCGCCGAGCACCUGCGAUAAUGAUUAGGAGUCUGCAAACAAGAGACAGUAGUUUUUCUCAAGGAGAUAUAGCAGCUAAUAGUGAUGAGGAAGGAUCAGAACCUACCAGUAAAACAGCUGAUAGCAAUGUAGAUAGAAUAUCAGUUCAGGAUGCUAUCAAUCUUUUCGAAAUCAAACAGAGAAACGAUGCUUCCGAAGUCGAGAAACAAAGAUCAUUAACAAGCAUAACCAUUGGUGCAAAUAAAUUUGUAUUGAGAAGAUGGAGUACAGGCAUGGGAGAUGCUUCUACAAAAUGCCACUCAGAGCUUGUUAGUGAUGAACCUGAUACAAUCAGCCGUGAUUUUGAUGAACAUGUGCCAAAGAGUAAGAUAGCGGAGGAAAAAGCUUGUACAACUGCUGAAGUUGUAGAACUUAAAGCUUCUGAUCCACCAGAGACUCUAGCAGGCUCUCCCAUUAGCGAACCACGGGAAGUUGUCGAAAAAGUAUCUGCAAAUUCAGAAUGGAGCCGGAGAAAGGAAGCAGAAUUGGAUCAAAUGAUGAAAAAAGUGAUGGAAAGUAAACGUGUAGCACAAAAUAAUAAAGUGAAUCGAAAGAAAGAUGUCUGUUCUGAGCAAAGGGGUGAAUUAUAUGGUCAAUACAAGGCGAAGAGAGACGAAAAGCAUCGAGCCGAGGAAGCUAAGGUACGUACGAAUAAAGAGGUAAAAACGAAGGGAAUGCGACGUGUUGCAGAUGAUAGGAGAUCCAAGAUAGCCUCUGCUGAAUUAAUGUAACAAAAAAACACGAUACACGGAAGCCUGAAGU